AUGGAGCUAUUCCACGAUAUCACACCAUUUCCUACUCAUACCGAGCACGGCCAGGUUGCACCUGAAAUGGGAGCUUCAACCACUCAAGUACGAGUAGGGAAAAAAGUUCCUAAGCUCCGUCGGUCAUGCGAAUUGUGUCGGAACUCGAAAGGCAAAUGCUGUCCUAGUAAAGACAGUAACCAGUGCCAGAGAUGUGCUAAGGAGGGAAAACAAUGCGUCUUCCUCGAAGCUAAACCAAGGCCUAAACGGGCAAAGAACUCUAGAAUGCGUGUUGCGGAAAUGGAGGAGAGGCUGGAUGACCUGGUCGCUCUUCUUACACCAAAUGCACAGGCUACGAAGCAGGUUGCCACUCAAUCAGGUCUAGCCACGAUAUCGCCUUUGAAGAUAACCGACCAAGCACUCUCUACUUUGCUUCCUCUAGAAGCUCCACAGCUUCGAUCGCAAGAUUUUUCAGUUCCUCAACACUAUUAUCCUUCAACAUUUUCAUUUGCAGAUGUUGUACUUGGUGACUUGCCAGAUCCUAUAUCUAAGAGCAUUAUUAGUUUCGAGCAAGCCGAAAACUCAAUCCAGGUUUUCAGGUCAAAAGCUGCCAGGUUUCCAUUUGUUCUAGUGUCUUCGCAGAUGUCAUUAGAUAGUCUCCGACGAGAGCGGCCAUUUCUCCUACUAUCUAUACUGACUUUUGCUUCGCAGAAAAAUGCGAAGAUACAAGAUCAACUUGAACUUGAGCUCAAGGAAUAUCUUAGCAAAAAGGUUAUUGUUAAUGGGGAGAAGAGCUUGGAUCUCUUACAAGGCCUCCUUGUAUAUCUUGCAUGGGGUUGCCUUCAAGAACUAGAGUAUCGUAGGACAUUUCUUGGGUGUUAUUACCUUGCAUCAUCGGUGUGUCGAGAUUUGAAGAAACCAAGCAACAUGCGUUAUGGUGCUUACACAGAGGAGUGCUGUCAGGUAUUGGGCCGGGCAGCUGAAUCAGAAACAGAUUAUCUUGUGCCGUACUUUAUCCGAUUAGAACAAUUUGCAGAAGAUGUCAAUCGAGCUUUUAGCUAUGAUGCCUCCCUUGAGCUAGUCGAGAUCGAUACUGUCAGGAUCGAAGUUCUUUCCAAGGCAUUUGGUGAACAACUCAAGCAAUUCGAGUCGGCUUUCCCUAUACAGGUAUGGAAUAAUACUUCAAUAAGAAUGUCUUACUAUUUCGUCCGCAUCUACGUCAACGAGAUUGGCUUCCAUGCAAAACCACACCCGCCAUCCGACAUCCUACCAGCGUUAGCGGCCCGACGGUUAUGGUACUAUUCUACAAGCAGGAAUGAAUCGUCGAUGCAUUGUGUGCAAAGCUCGAAAACCUAUUUAGAUCACUUCCUCUCACUCCCUGAUAUCGAAUCCUUAGACCUCGUCCUACCGGACAUUUUCCGUACCGUCUACGCCAUAUCGAUCAUUGGGGCGUUUGUUACUGCUCUUGAUGCUCCUGCUCUGGAUCAUGUUAAAGUGCGUGAGCUAGCAGAUCUCGACAAGUAUUUAGACGCCGUGAUAACCAAAACCGAGGGGCUUGCUCCAAAAGAAAUCGAGCAGGAUCACAACUCAUGGAUGUCGAAUUUGAGCCUACUAUUUCAAUGCUACAAGGACUGGUUUCACCAGAUCUUGAAUGAUCCCUCUGUUAUAGGGAAUUUCGCUAUUGGACGACUACAGGACUCCGUUGCGGGAAUCCUCCCAUUGACUAUGGAACAAUGUAUCAACUUCACAGGCUUGAUAGAGGGACACGAUUGGUCUGAUGUCCAUUGGGAAGAUAUUUAG